AUGCAGAUCUUCGUGAAAACUCUCACAGGAAAAACGAUAACGCUCGAGGUCGAGUCGAGCGACACUAUAGACAAUGUCAAAGCCAAGAUUCAAGACAAAGAAGGAAUUCCACCGGACCAGCAACGAUUGAUUUUUGCCGGAAAGCAGCUGGAAGAUGGCCGCACCCUCGCUGAUUACAAUAUUCAGAAAGAGUCGACUCUGCAUUUGGUUCUUAGGCUACGUGGGGGCAUUAUUGAGCCAUCAUUGAUGGCACUGGCUAGGAAGUAUAACCAGGAAAAGAUGAUCUGCCGCAAAUGUUAUGCUCGUCUGCACCCUCGUGCCGUGAACUGCAGGAAGAAGAAAUGUGGACAUAGCAAUCAGUUGAGGCCAAAGAAGAAGAUCAAGUAA